GCAGUUUGAUAUGUCAUCUCUUGUCUUCCAAUAUUCAACUCAACAAUCAAGCCAGUCCCAGCAUCCACUAUGCCAGUCCCAACUUUUGUCGCUCAAUCCGUUACCGAGCUCAUAUCUAUUAGAGCUGAGACCCAAGCCAAUGAUGCAGCCAUCCAUACUGGCGCUUCAGAAUAUGGGGAAAAACUUAUGACACUCACAUAUUCUGAUUUUUCCAAGGCGGUGGAUCGGUUAGCGGCUCAUUACGCUGCACUUAACAUUCAGCCUCAAUGUGGACCAAGCGAGGUUCCGCCAGAACGUAUCGUUGCUGUCCUCACCUCCACGGCAAUUGAUGAGACUCUGUUGGAAAUCGCGCUCGCAAAACUCGGCUUGGCCUCCUUAUUACUCUCUGUAAACAACUCAACUGCCGCAGUCGCUCAUUUAUGCAAGGUGACCAAAAGCGCUUCCCUCAUCUACGGUCCCAAGUUUGAGGAGACAGCCAAGGAUGCCCAGAAGCUUUUGGCUCAAGAAGGAAUUGAGAUCAGAACCAUUCCCGAAACACGAUAUCCUCUCUGGGGCCCUGAGGGAGCUCGAGAGUCCAAAAUCGCCCCUUAUCCACCUAGGCUUACUCCUCAGCAAGAGAGUAAGCGUACUUGUGUUGUCCUCCACUCUUCCGGCUCUACAGGUUUCCCUAAACCAGUAUUUAUCACUCACUACGGCCUCAUUGCCAAUGCGGCUCAGUCAUUACCGAAGACAGGCUUUUCCGCUUUGCCUUUAUUCCAUGGAUUCGGGCAUUACUCUGUUUUUCGAUGUAUGUACCACGGCAAGACAUUUACCCUUAUGCCCCCUAACCUCCCCCUCACUUCUGCCAAUAUCUGCCGUAUCAUUCGAAGCUCUCCAACUCCUCCCGUCCAGCACUUCGCUGUGCCAUAUGUCCUGAAGCUUUUGGGUGAGACUGAUGAAGGAGUUCAAACUCUCGCCAAUUUCGAGGCGGUGUCCUUUGCGGGUGCCGCUGUUCCCGAUGAUCUUGGAGAUAGGUUGGUGAAGGCUGGAGUCAAUUUGAUUUCUUUCUAUGGUACCACUGAAACGGGUGCUCUCAUGACCUCUCGUCGCGAAUUUGACUCGGACAAGGGAUGGAAUUGGCUUCGAGCCGAAGGCCCCAUUGCCGACUACCUCGAGCUUAUCCCUCAAGGCUCAGAUACUUUUGAGGCAGUUGUGAAGGAUGGAUGGCCUGCAAAGAUUAUGAGUAACAGGGAAGAUGGUGCCUAUUGUACCAAGGAUCUGGUUUUGAGGCACCCUCAAAACAAGACGUGGUUCAAGUAUAUCGGAAGAUUGGACGAUACCCUUACUCAAACUUUGGGUGAAAAGACCAACCCUGUUCCUAUUGAGCUUGCCAUUCGAGGAAAUUCUCCCCUCGUACAAGAAUGCAUCGUCUUUGGAGAUGGUCGUCCCCAGACUGGAGCCCUCAUUUUGCCUUCUGAGCAAGGUGCCGAACUCAGCAAAGACAAGAAGAAGUACAUUGAGGCUGUUUGGCCCGUCAUCGCCGAUGCCAACUCUAAUGCUCCUAGCCACUCUCGUAUCCUCCCAGAGAUGGUUGAUAUCUUGCCGUACGGUACUGAGAUCCCUGUUGCUACCAAGAUGUCUAUUCUCAGGCCAGCGUGUUACAAGAAGUUCAGCUCUAUCAUCGAUGCCAUUUACGAGCGUUUUGAACGAGGUACUGGCGAGCCCAAGCGAGACAUCUCUUCGAAGCCCGAGAUGGAAUCCUUCCUUACCGGCACUAUCCUUAAAGCUUUGGGCGACAAAGCCGGUCCUGAUCUUUCCCCCUCUACCGACCUUUUCUCAUACGGCGUCGAUUCCCUCCAAGCUACCCGCGUUCGUAAUGUAAUCAGCAAGUCUCUCGAGCUCGGUGAUGCCAAGAUUGGGCAGAACAUUGUUUAUGAAUACCCCUCUAUCUCCCAACUGGCCGACUAUUUGCUUGAGAUCAAGACUGGCAAAGCCGGGCAGAAUGGACCUGAGAAGGAUUACAAGACCAUGUGGGAGAUGGUUGAGCGUUACACUUCCCAACUCAUAAAGGAAGAUUCCUCAGCUGUUGCCGCCGACGUUACUUCCAACGGCCACUCCAGCCAUGUCAUCGUCCUCACCGGUGCCACCGGCUCCCUCGGGGCUCAUAUUCUCGAUCAGCUUGUCCGUCGACCAGACGUUAGCAGAGUCAUUUGUUUGUCUCGUGCCAAGUCUCACCAAGACUCCCUUCUUCGUGUACAAGAAUCUCUCUCCCAACGACUACGCAUGUUGACCCCGGAAGGUGAAUCGAAGAUUGUCUCUUAUGCUGCGGACGUCAACCGACCUGACCUCGGUCUCUCUGCUGAGGAGUACGAAGGUCUUCGCCAAGAAUCUACUGCUGUCAUUCACAACGCUUGGCCUGUUAACUUCGUACUCUCUAUUGACUCUUACAACGAACACAUAGGAGGUGCCACCAACCUUCUCAACCUGACCCUCAAGUCUCCCAAGGCUGUCAAGCCCGGGUUCUUCUUUUCUUCUUCUGUCGGUACAAGACAGGGUUUGACAGAGCCUGUGGUAGAGGAAGAUUUCCCCGAAAGUCCUGAGACUGCGAACGCAUUAGGGUAUGGGAGAAGUAAAUGGGUAGUGGAAAAGAUCAUGGAGAAGGCCGGCAAAGAGACAAAAGCGAGGUGCGGUGUUCUGAGGAUCGGUCAGCUAGUUGGUGAUACCGAGAAUGGCGUAUGGAAUGAAACAGAAGCAUGGCCUUUAAUGUUCAAGUCAAUUGACGUCAUCCAAUCUCUCCCCAUGCUUGACGAGAAACCGUCCUGGCUCCCAGUCAACCACGCAGCAGCAACAAUUUCCGAGAUCGUCACUUCCACUUCUACCUCCUUUACCCCAUCUUCUGCUGCGGUUUACCACGUCCUCAACCCGUACUUUGCUUCAUGGUCCGACAUUCUCUCUGGCUUGUCGGCUGGUGGCCUCAAGUUCGACACUGUUUCGCGUGCUGAAUGGCUCGACCGUCUCGCGAAAUCCAACCCCGAUGUGGCGGUAAACCCGACGUACAAGCUGCUUGGAUUCUAUCAGAAUAGGAUCGGGAAAAAGGACGAGAAACCAACAGUUGAGUUCAAGGUAGAUAGAACGGAGAAGGAGUCUGAGACAAUGAGAGAUGAGGUAAAGAAGGUUGGACCGGAGUUGGUGGCUCUUUGGGCGAAGCGAUGGAGGCAGUCUGGUUUUUUGCAUUAGGUCUUUGAAGUUAAGUUUAUUGUUGUCAAGAAUAUAUUCAAGGUUCUUUAGAAGCAUGUAAAAAGUCUCGAAAUUUAGAACAACCGUAU